UUUUUUUUUAUUCAUUCUCUGCUAUAUAAGCCAUGGUUAUAAAUAUGAGGAAGAAACCCUCCUGAAACCAGCUAUAUUCCACAGCCUGCCCAGGGGAGGCUUCAACAGAGUAUGCAGCUUUUGGCAGUGAUUGUGCAACUACUGAUUUUCCAGCAAUGGGCUCUGCUAUUGGGAAGAGCGAAGCCAUUGGAUGCUGCAAGCCCCCUCUGUGCACAUGUCAACGAGUGCAACAAGAACUUGACUGCCAUCAUGGAACAGAUCCAAUCACAGAUAAAACUAAUGCACACGGAAGCUGGGCAUCUUUUACACACUUAUAACCAUCAAAACCUAAAAGACCUGGAUACUAAUAGUCUGUGUAAUCCAGAAUCUCUUAAUCUUCCUAAAUUCAAUGUAACGAAUACAAGUGAAGAAGAAAAAUUUAUUGAACUGUAUAAGAUCUUUCUGUAUAUGAAGGCCGCAAUAGGAAACAUCACGCUGCAUCAGAUGACACUGAAUCCCAAAAGCAAGAGUUUGCACGCUCAGUUAAAUGCAAGCAAGGCCGAGAUAACGGCUAUUAUUUCCAACUUGUCUUGUAUUCUUUGUCGGAGGUAUCAUAUAACACAAGUGACUGUACAUUAUGGAUUACGUUUUCCAUCCUCAACAUUUCAAAGGAAAACAAUGGGAUGUAAGGUGCUGAAGAAAUACAAACAUUUUCUUUUACAAGCAGAGAAUAUCACAGAUGGCUGGUUUAAGACGGCAGACAGCAUUGAAGAUCCAUCUACAAGCCACAGAUGAAUUGGCCACAAAGCUGUCCAUACAAAAAAAGGGUACCUACUUUCACAAGGAGGACAAGAGGUGCUGAUGACUGGUGGGGCAAUGAUCAAGGAGUAGGAGAGGUGCGGAAAGUAGACAAAGUGACCUCACAGAACUGCAAAUCUCAUGAGACUAGGCAGCAGUUCCUUAGAUCUUCUACUGCAGAUUUACAGCUCUGAGGCUUUAGGCACAGAAGUGCCUAGGCAUACUUACAUUCCAGGAUGUACACUGCUAUUUAAGAAACCAACCUAUGCUCAAGAGACAUUCUCCUGUAAAGAACGUAUAUUUACAGAUGCAAAAAUGUAGCAGUGGGGCUUCACAACAUAUAUUUGCAAAUAUAUGCAACAAAAACCUCUGUGUUAUAGUAAUUAACCACACUCUGCAGAGGUGCCUUGACGUGGCAGUGUGGCUUCACAUAUAUUUGCAAAUAUAUGCAACAAAAAACUUCAGUUUCACAGUAUUACAUAUUUAAUUCAGUGUUACAAGAAAUAGGAACAUUGAACUGAACUGAUUUUUGAAUGUGAAUGGAGCUCCAAUUGCCAAACAAAAACUGCCCUGUAAGGCUACAUGCACAUGGAAUAUACAUUUAUGCAAAUAUGCUGCCAGAAGUUGGCAGGGAAAAAGCCUUGAAUGUCACGCAUGUAUGCGCAUUUAUGUGAAUAUGUAUGUGUGUCUAUGUGGAUUUAGAAGCAUGUGGCUACAUUCACACAGAUGUAAAAAAUGCAUUUACAAGUGCUUUUUAUUUACAGAUCUGAACCCAGCUACAUUGUUUUCAAUGGAGACAUUCAUGCAGGUGCGUUUAACCUGCAUUACGUUCAGAUCUGUAACAUAAAAUCCAAAAACUGCCUCUUAUGAUAUAAGUAUACGCAUAUUCCAGAUGCAGGUACUGGGGAAAAAAAACAACAGGACAGUUUUACGCAAGUAUUUACUGAUCAUUUCACAGGAACAAAAAAUGCAUAAUAAGAUCAGUAAAGUUUUUACGGCCAUGUGGGUGUAGCCAUUUAUUCCAGCCAUUGUAAAAAAAAAAUGUACAUGCAUUUGCGUGUGUUUAGGUGCCUAAAUUAUGCUCAUUAAUUUAUGCCUCUAAACAUGGCUCUAAAAUAUGCUGGGAAGCUACAUAAUGUGCAUAAGCACAUUUAGAUAACCUAGAGCAGUGAUGACGAACCUUGGCACCCCAGAUGUUUUGGAACUACAUUUCCCAGGAUGCUCAACUACACUGCAGAGCACAUGAGCAUCAUGGGAUAUUUAGUUCCAAAACAUCUGGGGUGCCAAGGUUCGCCAUCACUGACCUAGAGCUUCUUUCAGAAGCCUAAAAUAAAAUCAGAUGCCAUUUCUGCCCAUGUGCAUGAGGACUUACUGUGUCAAACCAGAAAUUCAGGAUUCUUUUUCUUUACAGAUCAAUUUACUGAAAGCUUGCCUUUGUAUAUGGUAUAUAGUAUACGAUUAGUACCAUGUCUAAAUUUAGUCAAAUCCACCCACAAGUAAUAUUUUAGUUAUAGGUGGGGUCUGUUGAACUGUACGCCAUCCACUGUCCUCUUAUAAUUCUGUCAGACUCCAACAGUGAGAUCUCCUUGCCUUAGUUCCAAGCUUGUACCCUUCUCCGCAAUCACCAUAAAGUUACAUUGCUCCUCCUAAAAAUCCUCCAGGAAGACUGGGUCCUCCUUAUAAAUUCCAUGGCAGGUGUGCAGACCUGGGAAUUCAAACACAGAAUUUUAACUACCAAAGUCUCACUAUUAGAAGAAAAAAAGGAACCAGUACCUGAUCUAAUAUUCUAGCACAUUUCUUACAAAUAAAACAUCCACUGUUGAUGGAUCCUUAAAUGGGCCAAAAGGUAUAAAAUGUUACUAUAAACGAGGAGGGAAUCGGUUUAAUAGACCUGUGUUUUGGUUCAAUCUUUAUUUAUUAUUGAUUAUUUAUUUAUUUGUGUUCAUUUACACAGCUGUUAAACGAAUCCCAUAGGUUCAUGUUUAGUGCAUCUUUUCAAUUUGAAAAGUAUAGUUUUCUGUGUUUUACAGAAGUAAAAGAGAAGCACAGAUUAAUUUAUUUAUUUAAUAUAUUUAGUUAUUUAUUUUGUCAAAAUGUGAUUUAUUUUUAUGAUGUGUGUAUAUAUAUAUAUAUAUAUAUAGAACAGUCUAACUGUUGGACAGUGUUUUCUCAUAAAGGUCUUCUUUUCAUUUCACUGAUAAUGUUUAGGCAGUUAACCCGAUUAAAUUCAGAAAAACUAAAUCUGUCUACAUUCCAUUUCACUGAUGUAUCGCUCUGGUACUGAUUUACAGUUCAUUAUGCCUCAUAAGAGCAGAGAAUUCAUUGAAAUCAGAACCUCCAAAUUACAUAACACUGACACGCACUGCUCUGAGGUCAUUAGCCCCAAAAGUUUCCCAGCAUGAAUAUAGAUAUCCGGGCAUACGGCUGAUUUUCAGCUACAGUACUUAAUUUAUUUCAAAGCUAAAUUAAACUUGAUCAAUCCCUGUAUUUUUUCUUCCCUUAUUGAGAAGAGGUUAAAGCCACAAUCUGCGAUUCCACCUGCAUGUCCACUAUUUGAUCUCUAUUAUGUCAACCUUUUGUCAGCCAAGAAAAUGUAGCACUGCUAGUCUGGCAAAGGGAAUGGUAGAGAGAUGCUUGUUAGUAUACAAAUGAGUCAGAAGUUUUGGUCAAAGUUUACUUUAUCUCAGCAAACCUCUUUUAAGAGAAACAAUAUUUUUGGGGUUUUCUUUAAAUAUAAGUGUAAAGAAUCUUUUUAAUAUGUCUUAAACUGCAUUGUUGUCACCCAAAAGAAGAAGUUAUAAAGUUGAAACUCCAUGACUAAUAUAAAAAAAUAAAACAAGCUGCCUUAGUAUUCUAUGUAUAUGAUACAACAUGUGCCUUUCUUUGCAGCAAUUGCUAGUAAAUAUCCACAGACACUGAGCCCUGGUUCACAUUGCAGCGAUUUGGUUUGGAAAAUUGCAUGCCAAAUCGAUGGCUAUUUCCGGCAAUGGCACUGUGCGAAUCGGUGCAAUGCCGUGACGCUGCACCGAUUCCCAACAGUAGUUUCUGUACUACUCUUGGCGACUUCGGGUGUGAUUUUUAUAGACAUCUGUGCAGGAACCCACACAGAUGUCUCUGAAAUCGCCCCCCAAGUCGGGACUGUAAUGCGGGAAUGAA